AUGACCACCAUCAUCUGGCAGAGUUUCAGCAUUAACAUCUACAUAAUGAGAGCAUUUGGCUUAUACCCUCCUGAAAAACCCACAAGAAAAUCGCGAAUUUUGAAUUUUAUUUUUGGUGAAGAGAUUGACCAGAUGAGGAUCGGUGAUAAUGGGUUUCUAGUGGCCGAAACAGCUUGCCAAAUUACCAAACUGAUGCCUUUUGUUAUGAAUGGAAGCCGGAUUAAAAGGUGCAUUCAUUAUUUGGAAGAUUUCUCGUUUGAGGUAAAAGAAGACAAGGAAAAAUUUUUGGAAAAGUGGGUUAAGACGUGUCAGAGAAAUUCCAAAGUGUUUCUUGGUUCCAUUAUUGCUGGUAAUGUAAGCUGGGCGGUGAAACCUUUUCUUGUACAAGAAAGACAACUACCGGUGGAUGUAUGGCUUCCUUUUAAUUUGAUGGAAAACAACAUUGUGUAUUUUUUAGUAUUUGCUUUACUUACUUUGGGUGUUGGAUACGUGUCUAUUGCUAGUGCCGCCAUUGACCCUCUGAUUGGUGGACUUUGUGGAUUAGCGUCUGGGCAUAUCCAAGUUUUGAAAAAUAAUUUACAAUAUCUUAACCAGUGCACUGCAGAUUCCGAAUCACUGAAAAUAUUUAUCACGAGACGUAAUGUCAAAGACUGUAUUAAUCAUCACAAUAUAAUUUUGAAUUUCGUCAAAGAGUACGAAUGUUGCUUUUCAAGUAUUGUUUUUAGUCAAUUUGCAGGAAGUGUCGUUGUUGUGUGUUUCUGUUGCCUCCAGUUAGGCAAAAUACCACCGAUGACUCUAAAUUUUUUCAUUAUGGUCAGCUAUUUAACUAUCCUUCUGGUUCAAAUAUAUUUUUAUUGUUACUAUGGGACGAUAUUGUACGAAGAGAGUAAUAGUAUAAUUAAUGCAGUUUAUAUGGGGAAUUGGUACGACUAUGAUGCUGAGUCUAAAAGGGAUUUAAUUUUGUUGAUGGAACGUUCUCAAAGACCCAUUGUUGUGACAGCUGGGAAAAUUCUAGAUUUAUCUGUGACCACAUUUACGACGAUUUUAAGGCGCUCUUAUUCUCUUCUUGCUGUCUUAAAAAAUCAGUAGUUAGGUGAUUUCAUCGUAUAUUUGUGUAAAUACUUUAUUAGAACUAUAGUUUGUCAUAACAGUUCCAGUACAUUUGUGUACCUGCUAACACAAAAAAAAAAAUGUAAUAAAUGUAGCAAAUUGAGUUAUUGUGAAUAAAUAAAUAAUUGUGUUUUUCAA